GGGUAUUUCUAGAUCUGAUGAAAUGAAUGAUGAAAAUUAUGAUGAAAUGGGCCACAAGACAGUGUUCAACUCAUUAAAAGAUAAAACUGAGUAAAUUACAGAGACAUUGACAAAUUAAGUAGAAAGCAAUUAUUCAUCAUUAAAAUACAAUAUAAUUAAAAUGACUGUUAUUAUGAUGAUUGACAAAAUGUUGAUUAUUUUGUUGCUAAUGCCAAACUUCAGCAUUGCAGCACCAAAUAUGGCAAAGAGGGCUGCUGGCCCCUGUAUUGGAAUGGACUGCCUACAUGGGGUCCUCAUGCACAAUGAUGAGGGUGUUGGUGACAACCAUAAACAUGAGGAUGCAGAGAAACUUAGAGAGGAACUUGAGGAGAACAAGAAAGUUAAAGGACCAUGUGAAGGAAUGGAUUGCAUGCAUGAACUGAUGCAUAAUGACAAUGAAGACCCCUUGGCCAAACACAAACCCAAAUCUGGCCCAGAAGAGCAGCCCAAGCAACAGGGGCCGUGUGAAGGAAUGGAUUGUAUGCAUCAGGUCCUGAUGCAUGAUGAGGAGGAAAAGGGGAAAGCUCACAAACAUGAUGAGGACAAGAAAAAAGAUGUUGCUGAAGGUGAUCCUUCUAGUCAGCAUGAUGGACCAUGUCUUGAUUGCCUCCAUGAUGUCAUGAUGCAUGGUGAAGAUGAGGCUGGCAAACACCACAACAAUGACAAUGAUGCAGAAGACACAAUGUCUGACACAGACCCUCAACAGAAAGGGCCUUGUAUAGGCAUGGACUGCAUGCAUGGUGUAUUGAUGCAUAAUGAUGAAGAGCAAGGUAAUGACCAUCAGAAUGACGAUGAAGAAAUCCAAAAAGAUGCUGAUGAUGAUGGAAAAUACCCUAGUGUUGCAGACCCACAUGAAAUGAUUCAUGGUACUCAUGACAUUGACAACCAAGACUAUCUCAAAUGGAAACAAGAAAAUGACAAGAAAACUGAACUUGAGACAUUAAAAGAACUUGAAAAAGAUAUUCAAGGAUAUAGCUAUCCCUUUGUGUCUGAUACAGUACUCUCAGAUGUGGAACUUAUGAAAAAGCGCUACUUUGCCAAACAAGGUGAGGAAGAGGAUGGUGAAAUAGUAGAAAUGAGCCAGGAACUUGACAAAGAGGCAGGCCUGCCCAUACAUGGCAUGGACAUGAGACACGAUCUGGAAAAUAUUGGAAGCUCAGAUCCAAUCAAAAUACACCAUGAUGAAAGUUAAAGGUGCAACAAAGACUUGAGACUAAAACAAUUUUUGAAAUAUAUUUCUCUCAUAAGAUUAUGUGCAGGGUGUUGCAAUGUAAUGUAAUGUAUGGUGUAUUAUGUACACAGAGGUACAAAACAUACGAUGCAUAUAUCAUGAACAGGUUGGCUCAAAAUAUGUUUCAAUACAUGUAAUGUAUGGUGUAUUAUGUACACAUAGGUACAAAACAU